AUGUCCGCCGCUCACGAUAUUUCAAACGAGGAUGACAUGUUUGACCGCAUGCCAAUUAUCUCGCCUGUAUUGUCAGCCAACGAAAAUUCAGCUCAAUCAACCCCCAAGCCCAUAGAUAUCAGACACGAAGAUGAGCCUGAAUUAUCCAUAAAAUCCGAUAAACCGUCAGAGACUAUUCACAAUGAUUUUGAAAAGCGACGACUGUUACCUGAUGAGCUACCAGUAGUCGAGUGCAUUGCCAGAGCCAGAAUACCAACUACUCAGGGGCCCGAGAUCUUUUUGCAUUUAUACUCCAAUAACGUCGAUAAUAAGGAACAUCUGGCUAUAGUUUUUGGGGAAGACAUCAGGUCUAAGUCUUUGUUUCGAAGACGACCCAAUGAAACUCAAUCAGAUCGAAUGACUCGUGGAGCCUACGUCGGCAAACUAUAUCCUGGAAGGACUAUAGCAGAUAGAGAUGAGAGAUCAGGAAAGGAAAUUACUUGUGAUGCCAACGGAGAACUGAUUUAUUCAAAAGAAGAAAUAGAACAAGAAAUAAAGGACCCCACUUUGGUUAGGAUCCAUUCAGAGUGUUACACAGGAGAAACUGCAUGGUCUGCCCGAUGCGAUUGUGGUGAACAAUUCGAUGAAGCUGGAAGGCUUAUGGGUAAAUUCGGUAAAGGAUGUAUCGUUUACUUGAGACAAGAAGGACGAGGUAUCGGACUAGGUGAGAAACUGAAGGCCUACAAUUUGCAAGAUUUAGGUGCCGACACUGUACAAGCAAAUCUUUUACUAAGACACCCAGCAGACAAACGUUCUUUUUCUUUGGCAACAGCUAUACUAAUUGACUUAAAUUUGACCAACGUUCGAUUAUUGACGAACAACCCAGACAAGAUUAUAGCGGUGGAAGGAAAGAAUCGGCUUGUAAAAGUCAUUGAAAGAAUUCCCAUGGUUCCCCUUGCUUGGCAGCAUAAGGACAGCGGUAUCCAAUCAACAGAAGUUGACGGAUAUUUAAGGACUAAAAUCGAGAGGAUGGGUCAUUUAUUACAGAAACCUAUUAAUAUAUAG